CUUUGUUGGUUGUUCAAGCACAUGUAGUAAAAAGUGCUUAACAUUGAAAAAAAUGGCAGAAAUAGUCCUACAAGUCCAAACAUUAGUUGAAUAUCAAAGUACAAAACUUCAACAUUUGCUUGGAUGUUGAGUUAUAUUUCAGAUAUUCAAUAGAUUUCACUUAAAUGCAGGACAGAUCCACACACUCCUUCCUAGCCAGCGGCCAUCUUACUUACGCUGACAGAGCGGGAAGCGAACCGGCAGAUGAUGUGCUGGUUGAGGAAGAACAUAGCAACUCUCUGCCCAGCUUGAUGACCCCAUCCAUAACAUCUGGUAUGUCCUUGAGUAUGGACAUGCCAAGGAAGCGGAAGGGAAGCACAGACAACCAGGAUUCAAAAUUGGCUAUGAUUAGUGAUGCAGAUAUGGAAGAUGACCAAAACAGGUCAGACGGAGAGGACCAGCAUGUCAAAAUUAAAUGCUUCAGGGAACCACACAGCCAAAUUGAGAAGAGGAGACGAGACAAAAUGAACAAUCUUAUUGACAAACUUUCAGCCAUGAUCCCCACAUGUAACCCCAUGUCCCGUAAACUGGACAAACUCACGGUGCUCAGAAUGGCAGUGCAGCACCUCAAAUCCCUCAAAGGUUCAGCGAGCUCCUUUUCUGAAGCGAGCUCCAAACCGUCAUUUCUUCCCGAUGAAGAGCUUAAACAUCUUGUCCUCAAGGCUGCAGAUGGGUUCCUGUUUGUAGUGGGCUGUGAUCGCGGGAAAAUAGUUUUUGUCUCAGAGUCCGUCACAAAGAUAUUAAAUUAUAGUCGGGCGGAGCUGAUUGGACAGAGCUUGUUUGACUACAUACACCCCAAGGACAUGGGAAAAGUGAAGGAGCAACUGUCUGCUUCUGAAUUGCACCCUCGUGAGCGACUAAUAAAAGUAAGGCCUGGUCUGCAGGUUCAGGCUGACCUUCCCAUCGGUGCGUCACGGUUGUGUUCAGGCGCUCGGCGCUCUUUCUUUUGUCGCAUGAAGUACAACAAAAUACCUGUGAAAAUUGAAGAAAAGGAAACCCAGGCAAACACCUCUAAAAAGAAAGAGUCACAGAAAUACUGCACAGUCCACUGCACUGGCUAUAUGCGCAGUUGGCCUACCAGUCAGAUGGGAGCGGAAGGAGAAGCAGACAAGCAGGACAGCUCCUAUUUUAGCUGUUUGGUGGCGGUGGGACGCGUCCAUUCACACUCAGCUCCGCAAGUUAACGGAGAAGUCCGAGUUAAACCCACCGAGUUUGUUACACGCUACGCCAUGGAUGGAAAAUUCACCUUUGUUGAUCAAAGAGCAACAACCAUACUGGGUUAUCUUCCCCAAGAAUUGCUGGGAACGUCGUGCUACGAGUACUUCCAUCAAGAUGACUUGCUGCAUUUAGCCGAUCGACAUCGAAAAGGUUGCAUCGGAUGCCAAAGGAGAUGCAGAAGCCCAGGCCACUGAGGAUGGCAAUGAUGUAGCGCUUGGGCAGACC